GGCGUUGCCUGCGGACAAAGUGACAACUAGGUCAGACAACCCCAUUCAACCGGAUCAACCCUGCCCAUAAUUCGUCUCUUUCCAUGCGGUAUAAAGGACAGACAAGCAAGCUGUUGACAUUUACUUGCAGAAUUUUCACAGGAAGUACAGAACAGGGUAUACUUGUGGGGAAGCACCAUGAACAUCAUUAAAAACGAAUUCACCUACGGCGAACAUGAAGACCACUUCUUCAACCAAGGAUUCAAUGCAUACUGCAGGCCAGAUAUCCAACAGGGCAUGUUAGAGGACGAAGUCCGCACAAAGUUUUACCGAGACGCCAUCUACAACAACAAACACCUCUUCAAGGACAAGAUCGUCAUGGAUUUUGGAUGUGGAUCUGGUAUUUUGUCCAUGUUUGCUGCAAAAGCCGGAGCGAAGAAAGUUUUUGGGGUUGAGGCGAGCAACCUUGCUAAAACAACGAAGAAAAACGUGAAGAAGAAUGGACUCGACCACAUCAUUACGAUCUUGGAGGGAAAGGUCGAAGAGAUUGAGCUUCCCGGGGUCGACAAAGUGGACAUCCUGCUGAGCGAGGUUAUGGGCGUGGGGCUGAUCCACGAGGGCACGCUGCAGUCUCUGGUCAUCGCCAGAGACAGGUUUCUGAAACCUGGUGGUAUCCUGUUUCCUGACAAGAAUACACUCUACAUAUGUGCAAUCGAAGACAAGAAGAUGCACGACAAGCAUGUCACAUAUUGGAAAGAUGUGAAUGGAUAUGGGAUGAAUGCAAUGGCAGAUGCUUCCAAGUCCUACGCCUGGCACCAUCCAAUUAGACCCCAGCAACCUGUUACCGACUACUAUACGCUCAGGGAAUACGACUGGAACACCUGCAAACUGGACGACAUUUUCUUCGCCUCGUCGUUCAAGCUGAAGUGCAACAGGAAGGACACGGUCCACUCUUUAGCGGUCUUCUUCGACUGCGAGUUCAGCGCGUGCUCCACCAAGACGGUUCUGUCUACAGGCCCAGAAGCCCCUAUGACACAUUGGAUGCAGCUGACGUGUCACCUGGAUGAGCCUGUUGAGGUGGACAAGGGCGAAGAACUGGAGGGAACAUUCGCUGCUAAAGCAUACAACGGAAGAGACCUGGAGUUCAACAUAGACAUGAACUUCAAGGGGACACUGGGAUCCACUAAAUUGUCCCGGGAGUUUUACUUCUACUGGGGCCUGAGCUCUCAGAUGCCAUACAAAGAAGACGAACAUUGAUAUUUUUGAGACGAGAAAGGUCUUAUUAAUUCAAGACAAUGGUGUUAACUUUCGUGAUUGAGCGAUUAUUUAGCAACAGAGAUAAACGCGAGUAUAUCUUAUUCUCUCACAUUAUUGGAAUCUUAAUACUGUAUCACAUAUAGUAACAAAACAUAAUAUUUCAGACAUAUAUGACCACUAACAAAUUUCACCAACAGCGUCUCCAUGAUGCUACACAUAUGUGAUAUGCAUUUGGCUACAAGUUAGAUAUAUAACGUCCAAACAAGCUUGGCGAUGGACGGACUACCAGCUUGUCAGUUUCCACGCACACAGAGGCUCCAGGAAAUUUCACUGUAAAAUAACCACACUACGACCAGCAGAUGUUAUAGUUGGGAUCUUGAUUGUUAUACCGUAUCAUUAAGCAUUUCAAUAAAACAUUCAUUGAUUUACAUAAA